GACCCCCGCGCGGCGAUAGGCGGUUGGGCCGAGCCGCGGGGGCGCGGCUCACUGGCGGUGGCCGUUAGGCAGCGCGCGGGGACGGGUGGGGCAGCCGGCGAGGAGCGGGGCCCGAGAUGGCGCGGAGCGGCCGCGCGCUGGGCAGGGUGUUAGCCGGGGGGCUGCCCGCUGCCGGACUGCCCGCCGCCGCUCCCCCGCCGCCGCGCCCUGCUGCUGCCAGGCUGGCUGGAACAGCUUGAAAAACAAAAUAUGCUUUGGGAGAAGAGCUGAUCUUGUAACUAGAAGAAAAAAACAAGCAGGCACUUGGCUUCUUGUGGUAUUCUGAUGACCAGAAUUUCUCCAUUGCAAGUACCUGUAAUGAGCCAUACCUUUUCAAGAACUUUCUUCAACAUUGCUGCUCCACUAGUAAAUAAAAGAAAAGAAUAUUCUGAAAGAAGAAUUAUAGGGUAUUCUAUGCAGGAAAUGUAUGAAGUUGUUGCUGUUGUGGAGAAUUACAAACUAUUUGUUCCUUGGUGUAAAAAGUCAGAUAUAUUAUCGAAGCGCUCUGGCUACUGCAAAGCACAGCUAGAAAUAGGAUUCCCUCCUGUAGUAGAGAGGUAUACAUCGGUUAUUACCCUGGUGAGACCACAUUUAGUUAAGGCAUCCUGCACAGAUGGAAGACUAUUUAAUCACUUGGAAACAGUGUGGCGUUUCAGCCCAGGUAUCCCUGGUUAUCCAAGGACAUGUACAUUGGAUUUUUCAGUUUCUUUUGAAUUUCGUUCACUUCUACACUCAAAACUUGCUACGCUAUUUUUUGAUGAAGUGGUAAAGCAGAUGGUAGCUGCCUUUGAAAGAAGAGCAUCCAAACUCCACGGCCCAGAAACAAGCAUACCUCGGGAGCUGAUGUUUCAUGAAGUUCAUCACACGUAAAAUGGAAAAUUGUAACAACCUCCAUUACAAACUUGUUUGUACACUUCAUUUAUGCAAGAGGUGCCAUGCUCCUCCUUCGGGGCAUCUAUUUCCUAUCUAAGCUUUGUGUGUGAUUUUGUACUGUACAAAACACACCUGUUCUGCUGGACGUUAUAGAUAACGUGCACGCUGCCAUCAAGUGCAACUUCAGGGUUAUCAGUAACUGACAAUUGGCAGCUACUGUAACACAAUGUAUCUCAGGCUGCCGUUAUUAAAUUGCCAGACGGUUUGAGUAGUCACAGGGUAAGUUCUGCCUUAUCAAAGCUUAUGUGUUUUUUUCAGCAUUGUAACAUAUUAACUCAAGUUUAAGUUAUUAGUAGCGUGAAUGUAACUUAACAGCAUCGGCCAGCUCUGGCCAAGUGAAGGGAAAUGGACAUUCUAGCUUUAGGGAGUAUGGAACAGUGCGUCAGGCGUGGCCUAGCAGGUGCUUUUAAUCCAAAUGAAUGACAAGGGCGAGUUGGGGCCUCUGGCUGCUGUUGAGUUCUGACCAGCAGCUGCAAUAAAAAAAAACCAACACAGCCUGAACACUCUGGAGUUUUCAGAAAUGAAACCUAAGGGGUGCAGGGAACACAAGGCAUGCUGUAAUUCGAGUGCAGCAGUUUCAGUGACAGCCUGUGGUUCUGGGCUGCAGGCAGUGGGGGACGUGCAGUACUGCUGGCAGGCUGACCUUGCCUCCCUGCCCCCUCGCACUGCUGCGCCCUGCACUUCGGUUUGGGUGGAUGCCUCUCAUUUUGUGCACAUGGGUCCCCA